AUGAGUAUAGGCAUAAUUAGAGCCAAAUGUGCACUCUCCGUUCCUUAAUCUAAUAACGUUCCUGGUGCUAUGCCUUUACUAAUGACUCUUUAGAACAGCGAAAACGAUAAGUAUUAGAAUGAACCAAAGCAAGGAGACUCGAUUUUUAUUCCUUUCAUUAAUGAAAGAGACAGAAUGAACAGACUAGUUUAAGGAGACAAAUACUCCACUCCCAAAAGAUAAAACAUCUAAUAGGUUCCUGAGACUGUAAAAGAAAAAUGGAUACAGCAUGACCCCAUGAAGUUGAAAUUACCACACAAAAGACUUUCCCUAGAAGAUCGACAUAUGAAUAAGUAAAGGAGUCGAUCUAAUGCUGAAUUGCGAAUGAAAGUCAUUUAGACAACUACUGAAAGAUAAAGUCUCUUACUCUCAUAAGAUCAAUCUAUCUAACCUUAAUUUGAAGAAUAUAAAAAGGCAGUCUAUGAAAAUAUAUUAAAUAAAAAGAAACAAAUUCUCUAAUCUCCACCUCAACAGACAACAGGAAAGAAUUAAAGCUCUGAAAAUUUAUAACUAUUUCCAAUAUCUACGUUUGAAAAAUUAAAAUAAUCAAGAUCUCCCUCACUUAUUUUUGUCAAAAAAUCAAUCUAACAAACUGCAUCGAAACAUUAACACUUUCUAAAUUUUAAAUUACCAUCUCUUAUUCAAAAGGAAUAUAUAAAAUAGUUCUUAGACAGCAACAAAAAAAUCAAAGAUCUCAUACAGGAACAAAAUGAUGAAAAAUUUAAAUUCCCUUCAGAUUUUGAGCCAAAAAUAGUUGAAAUGAAAAAACAGUUAAAAAAAAUGAAAAGCAGACUUAAGAAUUGGGAAACCGAUAGAGAAGUCACAGACAAUAAAGGAUUUUUAAAAGAAAUUGCCUGUGGCAUCAUAAAUAAAUGA